CCAAGCGAGCAACCACCCGCGCCCUCGCGGCCCCUCCACCGCUCGUCUCCAAUGCCACCGUCGCCGCCGCCGCGGCCGUCCCCGUAGGGUCUCCCGGCGAUGGGGAACAGCUGCGCCGGCUCCGGCCCCAACGGCGCCGGCCGCAGCGGCUUCCUCGCCUCCGUCGCCAUCUGGCGCGCGAAGCCCGCCGAGCAGGCGCCGGCCGCCGACACCCCCCCGGCGUCCACCUCCGAGCAGAAGGCGCCCGAUCCCGUCACCAUACCCCCCGGCGAGCACUCCUCCUCGCAUGGCGGCGCGCGCUCCUCCGACCCGCCGCCCCCCAAGCGCGCCGAGACGCAGCGGCAGAUGUCGAUGGCCCCCACGGCCAAGAAGCCCGUGCCCAAGGUCAAGCGCGUCCAGAGCGCCGGCCUCCAGGCCGACUCCGUCCUCAAGCGCGACGUCAACACCGCCAAACUCAAGGACCUCUACACCAUCGGCAAGAAGCUGGGGCAGGGCCAGUUCGGCACCACCUACCUCUGCGUCGAGAAGGCCACGGGGAAGGAGUACGCCUGCAAGUCCAUCGCCAAGCGGAAGCUGCUCACCGACGAGGACGUCGAGGACGUGCGCCGCGAGAUCCAGAUCAUGCACCACCUGGCCGGGCACAGCAGCGUCGUCUCCAUCGUCGGCGCCUACGAGGACGCCGUCGCCGUGCAGCUUGUCAUGGAGCUCUGCGCCGGCGGCGAGCUGUUCGACAGAAUCAUCCAGAGGGGGCACUACUCCGAGAAGGCCGCGGCGCAGCUCACCAGGGUGAUCGUCGGCGUCAUCGAGGCGUGCCACUCGCUCGGCGUCAUGCACAGGGAUCUCAAGCCGGAGAAUUUCUUGUUCAUCAAUACUCAGGAGGACUCGCCGCUCAAGGCCAUUGAUUUCGGGCUCUCCAUCUUCUUCACGCCAGGUCAGAUGUUUACAGAUGUAGUUGGAAGUCCAUACUAUGUUGCACCUGAGGUUCUUCUAAAGAACUAUGGGCGUGAAGUUGACGUCUGGAGUGCUGGUGUAAUAAUCUAUAUCUUGUUGAGUGGGGUUCCUCCGUUCUGGGAUGAAAGUGAACAAGGGAUAUUUGAACAAGUUUUGAAAGGUGAGCUAGACUUUACAACUGAUCCCUGGCCUAGUAUCUCAGAGAGUGCAAAGGAUUUGGUCAGGAAAAUGCUUAAUCGUGAUCCAAAGAAGAGAUUGACUGCCCACGAAGCGCUAUGUCACCCUUGGGUUUGUGUUGAUGGAGUUGCUCCUGAUAAACCUCUUGAUUCUGCUGUUCUAAGUCGGUUAAAACAAUUUUCUGCAAUGAACAAACUAAAGAAAAUGGCCCUUAGGGUUAUUGCCGAGAGUUUAUCUGAAGAAGAGAUUGCAGGAUUGAAAGAAAUGUUUAAAAUGCUAGACACUGAUAACAGCGGUCAUAUCACGUUGGAGGAGCUAAAAACUGGCUUGCGGCGAGUCGGUGCUACUCUGAUGGACUCAGAAAUUGAUGCUUUAAUGGAAGCAGCGGAUAUUGACAAUAGUGGUACCAUUGAUUAUGGGGAGUUCAUUGCUGCAACUAUGCAUAUGAACAAAGUUGACAAGGACGAUAAGCUCUUUGCAGCCUUCCAAUACUUUGAUAAAGACGGCAGUGGUUACAUUACUCAAGAUGAGCUCCAAAAGGCAUGCGAGGAGUUUGGUAUUGGAGAUACCCGUAUUGAAGAUAUUAUCGGAGAUGUCGAUAAGGACAAUGAUGGGAAGAUCGACUACAAUGAGUUUGUCGAAAUGAUGCAGAAAGGAAAUAAUCCACUGGGUAGAAAGGGACAGCAAAGCAAUGUGAACUUUGGUCUUGGAGAUGCACUGAAGCUUCGGUAAACUAAGGAGUAGCUAACCAAAAAUGCCAUUCAGCGACCCACAAAAGAUAACCCAGCAGCAGAGUAGCUCCCACGGCUUGUUGCGCACAGGCAGGGAUUCAGAUGAUCAGAUAUCAAGAUUCCAUGGCACCUCGGUCCGAGUUUUGGUGGGUCGGGUCUAUGAACUCUUAAGGCUGAAGGGGCAGAGUACCGAAAGCCUCUCACAGGAGCUGACAUUAGGGUGUCCCCAACAUGACAUCGUAUGAUAUGAUUCUCUUAAUUAAUUUACAUCCGCAAGAGCAUCAGCCGGUAAGAAAUGCUCGGCGAGACCGCCAUGUACACGUGUUGUAAGUAAAGCGUGAGAGUUGAGUAGGAGAGGUGUCCUUUUCUUCUUCUUCAGUUUUUCCCCUCGUUCUGAAACCAGCGGCAGGGAGACCCUAAGCCAUGGGAGAAAGUGGAAACUCCAGCUGCUACCUUUGAUUCUCUUCAUCUGUAUUACUGGAUAGCUGCUUAGUACGUCUUGGCUUUUGUAAAGGGUAGGUGCUUGUCUCCGUGUGUGUGUGUGUUGUAGGCAAAAUGAAAUGUCUGACCAAUGAAAACCGAUUCUCCUGCUAUUAUUGUCCGUUUUUCGGCGCUGUAAGAACAGUGGUGGCACGGACUAAUUAAAGCCUGAUGAUGAUGAUGAUGAUGA